CACAUUAAAAAGUUAAAUUCAUUUGAUAGCUAUGUCAACUCAGAGCAUAUAUAAACUCAUUAUUUUCAUCUUCAAUUUUUGAGAAAAAAGAAGAAGAAGAAGAAGAAUUAUAUUCGAUGUUGGGCGUACCCAGUUAUUAUUGCGUUGUCUUGGUGGUGGGGCUGCUAUGGAUGUUGGGUUCGAGCACGGUGGUGGUCGGAGGCGGCGCCGGCAAAAGCGUGACAUACGAUCAGAGAUCGCUGAUCAUCGGCGGGAGCAGAGAGAUCUUCUUUUCCGGGUCGAUCCAUUAUCCCCGUCUGCCGCCGGAGAUGUGGCCGGACGUCAUUGAAAAGGCUAAAGACGGGGGUUUGAACCUCAUACAGACAUAUGUCUUCUGGAACAUUCAUGAACCUGUUCAAGGCCAAUUCAACUUUGAAGGAAACAAUGACGUGGUGAAAUUCAUUAAGAUGAUUGGGGACAUGGGCUUGUACGUCACCCUCCGGAUUGGACCCUACCUCGAGGCUGAAUGGAAUAUGGGAGGAUUCCCAUACUGGUUGCGAGAGGUGCCCAACAUCACCUUCCGUUCCUACAACGAGCCAUUUAUGUUUCACAUGAAGAGGUACUCGGAAAUGGUGGUGAACAUGAUGAAAAAGGAAAACUUAUUUGCACCCCAAGGAGGGCCCAUCAUUCUGGCCCAGAUUGAAAACGAGUACAGCAAUGUCCAGCUUGCUUACAGAGAUAACGGAAAGAAAUACAUUAACUGGGCUGCAGAUAUGGCCGUCUCUCUAUACAAGGACAUUCCCUGGAUCAUGUGCAAACAAAAGCAAGCCCCUUCCGCCGUGAUCAACACAUGUAACGGAAGACAUUGUGCUGAUACAUUCCAAGGCCCAAACGGUCCAAACAAGCCAUCUUUGUGGACGGAAAACUGGACGGCGCAGUACAGGACUUUUGGAGACCCUCCCUCCCAAAGGUCUGCCGAGGAUAUCGCCUUCUCCGUGGCUCGCUUCUUUGCCAAGAAUGGGACUCUGGUCAACUACUACAUGUACUAUGGUGGAACGAACUUUGGGAGGACGUCUUCUUCAUUCGUUUCGACACGAUACUACGACGAAGGCCCCCUUGACGAAUACGGGCUGUUCAGGGAGCCCAAGUGGAGUCACCUGAGGGACGUGCACAGGGCUUUGAGGUUGGGGAAGAAGGCUCUCCUGUGGGGGACUCCGUCCGUGCAAAAGGUGAGCACGGACCUGGAGAUCACAGUGUACGAGAACACCAACCUCAAGGUCUGUGUCGCGUUCUUGACCAACAACCACACCAUAAAGCCCAACACCAUCACUUUCAGGGGGAAGGACUACUACCUCCCACCCAAGUCCGUCAGCAUUCUGCCGGACUGCAAGACUGUCGUUUUCAACACCGAGUCUGUGGUUUCGCAGCACAACGCCAGAAACUUCCACCCUUCGAAGAUCGCAAGUAACCUGAAGUGGGAGAUGUACAAGGAGAACAUCCCCACCGUCGAUAACUUGUCUAUAAAGAGCAAGACUCCCCUAGAGCUCUACACGCUCACGAAAGACACAACUGAUUAUGCAUGGUACAGCACCAGAAUCGAAUUCGAUCGGCGUGACUUGCCGAUGAGGUCCGACAUCCUUCCGGUCCUCCAGGUUGCCAGCCUCGGCCACGCUUUGCUUGCUUUUGUUAAUGGCGAAUACGUAGGAUUCAAGCACGGGAAUAACAUAGAGAAGAGCUUCGUGUUUAGAAAGCCAGUCCACUUGAAGCCAGGAAGCAAUGACAUAACACUCCUGGGCAUCCUUGUUGGCUUCCCUAAUAGUGGCGCCUACAUGGAGAAGAGGUUUGCUGGACCAAGAGCUGUCACCCUCCAGGGUUUGAUGUCUGGAACCCUCGAUAUUUCAAUGAACAGCUGGGCCCACUCGGUUGGUGUUGCCGGAGAGAAGCUGCAAAUCUUCACAGAAGAAGGCGCCGAAAAAGUCAGGUGGUCUCCUCUCUCUAAUGAGCAUGGGCCCAUGACUUGGUACAAGACAUACUUUGAUGCUCCGGAGGGGAAAAAACCAGUGGCAAUACGAAUGAGCAAAAUGUCAAAAGGUAUGGUGUGGGUCAACGGCAGAAGCAUUGGUCGAUACUGGGUUUCUUUCUUGUCCCCUCUCCAACAGCCCACUCAAUCCGAGUAUCACAUUCCGAGAGCGUUUUUGAAGCCAAAGAACAACUUGAUGGUGGUGCUGGAGGAGACGGGCGGAGACCCGGAGAGCAUAGAGGUGGUGACCGUGAACAGGGACACCAUAUGCAGCUACGUGUCUGACUACUUCCCGCCGCACGUCAAGUCGUGGGAGAGGAAGGGGGACGAGUUCCGGCAGAUCUCCGACGACGAGUUGAGGCCCGGAGCCCGGCUCACCUGCCCGGACGGCAAGAUCAUCAAGAAGAUCGAGUUCGCCAGCUACGGGGAACCCCUCGGCGCGUGCGGCAACUUCGCCGCCGGGAACUGCUCCGCCCCCAACAGCGUCAAGGUGGUGGAGAAGGCGUGCUUGGGGAAGAACCACUGCAGAGUUCCGGUGGAGAAGAGCCUGUUCGAGGAGGAGUCCACGUGUUCGCUCAGUUUCAAGACUUUGGCCGUCCAGGCGAGAUGCAGUCGGCAGGGAAAGGAUGACUAGGAUAACACAUGCCACGUCACGUCUUAAUUCAUUAUUUUUCCAUGUACGGAUUUUUAUUUUUUAUUUUUUUAAAAAAUAUAUCUCAUGUAGGUAGGUGUUUGAAAUAAAAAAAAUACAGAAUAUACUCCAAAUUUCGAUCAUAGUUAGGGAGAGAGGGUAUAGUAGCUGAUUUUUUAAAAGUUCUUUUGGAUACUAAUUAAUUUAUGUAUUGAACCGUGGCAAUAAUAUAUUGGAAUUAUG